UUUCUUCCCCUUCCGAGCCUGCAAACUGAGUUCAUACUGCUGGCAUAUAGGAAGUGCAUACAGCGACGCAAAGCGAGCCCGAGCUAGGCGGCACCCAAGUUUGGCAACCAGGGCGCCCGUGGGCAAGGACGGCCCAACAAACUAAAUGGCUCGCCCGGAAGAUGAGCCCGAGAGGGCGCGGGAGGCGGAGGCCGACGCUGAAGGAGCCGAUGACGACUCAGACGAGGACUCGGAUGAGAACAAGGGAAAAGUGCCAGUCAAGAGCAAGGGAAAGUCAAGACGGAAAGCGUCGGAGAAGCCCGAGGGCUCGGACCAGAAGCGCCAGGCCUUCUCCAAGCGCAAGCGAGGCCUAAUCCUCAAGUCCUACCAGCUGUUUAAGCUAACAGACGCGCAGGUGUUUGUGUUCAUCGUGAACGACAAGGGCAGCUCGUGGGCAUACGCCAGCCCCGGCUUUGCCCGCACACUGGGCUCGCCGCACCUGGCCCUCAUGCGCGAGUUCGCGGGCCUGUCUACCACGCACCGCACCGCCACCGAGAUCAUGCCGCACCCUAACCGCUCCGUGCACAACCGGGAAGAGGACGACCGGAUGGACGACCGGCCCCAAGUGCUGCGCAACAACAUGGUGCUGGAGGCCAGCGGCCAGGCCGCCGCCGCCGCCACCGCCCUUUCCAGCACCCUAGCCGAGUACGAUCGCGUCGCCGGAGUGGCGGCCGGGCCAGGAGCAGGCGGGGGUGGUGGCCGCGUCAACAUCGCCCUGGCAGCGGCGAAUGCCGCCGCAGCGGCCGCAGCUGCCGGCGGUCCCAGUGUCGCUGGUGCUGCCGCGGGCGCGCAGCGGGUGUCGCCAGAGGCGGAUGGGGCGGUGGCGGCUGUGCAGCCGCAAGAAGUCGCCGACCGGGGCGCGGGUGCGGUUGCCGUGAACGGCACCGGCGACUCGGGCGCGGGUGCGGGUAACGGGACCGACCCACCAGGGGUUGUCUCGACCAUGCAGCCGCCGCAAGGGCCGCCUCCGGUUCGGCAGCAGCAGCCCAACGCGGAUCCAGUCAUCGGACCUGCAGCCAGCGCACGCGCUGCUGCCGCGGCACCCGGUGCCGGCCCAGCGGCGCGACCGAGCGCCAGGUUUACCAUCUCACCGCUCUCGGCGCACGUCCUGGACGAGCUCGCGGCGGCGCGUGAGGAUGACGGCGCAGGUGCUGGUGCGCCUGGGCCGGGUGACGCAGGGGCCGCAGGCGGGGGAGGCGACACCAUCAUCACGCCUUCCGGCCGCCGCCUGGCCGCAGCGAUAGGGGUGGCGCUGGGCCCAGCGGAGGCUGCGCUUGCUGGAGCUGCCGCUGCUGCCGCUGCAGGCGGGGCUGCUGGUGCUGGGGUGCAGGAAGACGCGGGCGAGCCGAUGGACAUGGCGCCGCCGCCGCCCCAACCACCGCCGCCGCCGCCGCCGCCACCUCCGUCGGGGCGUGCGGCAGGCUUCCCACCGCCUGCCAAGCAGCCGAGAUUUGCGGAGCCCUUUGCUCCAUCGCCUCAGCCAAUGCACCCGCCGCCGCCGGCCAACCGCCGCGGGCCAGGGCAUGCGCUGCUGCCUCCGCCGCGACCGCCGCUGCACCGCAUGGGCCCAGGCGCCGGCGGUGACUACGGCUUCCGCGCGCCACUGCCUCCGCACCCGCACCCGCACGCCUACCGCCAUGUCGCCCACGAUCCGCACAUGGACGCCGAUGACCUCGCAACGGGACCGGGCCACGGGCCGGGGGCGCUGAUGGGUAGCCUGCACCACGGCGCCAGGCACAUUCUGCGCGGCCUCGGCGGCAGCGGUGGCGGUGGGUUCAUGCGGCCGCCGCCGCCACAGGCGCCGCAGCCGCAGGCGCGGGCCACCUCCCACGCCACGGUGUCCGGAUCGUCCGUGCAGCAGGACCCGUUCAUGUUUGGCCAGUUGGUGCAAGGCAGCGACGGCCAGCUGUACCGCGUGCUGCAAGAGCUCAACGAUGGCGAGGAGUACGACGUGGACGUGCCCGGCUCGGUGCUGGGCGGUGUGACCGGGGGCGGCGGCGGGGGCUCCGUGGCGGCGCACGCACUCGCGCUGUCCAGCGCUACGGUGGCGGGCCUCAGCGAGGAUGAGGCCAACGCCGCCGCCGAGCUGUCGGCGCUGGCGGGGCGCACCGUGAGCAACAGUAGCGUCAUGCAGCAUGGCGGCGGGUACAUGGAGGGAGGCAUGAUGGGACCGGGGGCGGGCAGGCGGGGCGGGUGAGGCGCUGGCGCCCGUUCCCUUACUGUGGGUCAUUUGCAGGGUUGUGCUUGGUAUGUGAAGGACGCAUACAAUACUUUUCCCCGUUGAGGCCGGCCGGUGUCUGGUUAGCGGUCUUUGCUGGCAAGCAUAGCACUGCACAGUAUGUGGUAGGCCGCAGCAGCGAGGAUGUUGUGGCUGGAGGAUUUCCUGCCGUUUGGUUGCCCUGUGGUGGCUGUGCUUGUGCUUGACAGCUGGACGCGACUGGACACAUGGCGGGCCAUGCCUGUACAAACCAGCCCCGGCUAUGUCCGGGAGAUGAGGCAGACGCUUGCGGCCUCAGACUAAAGACGUGGCGUGGGCUCAGCCCACCUUUCCCUUGCGAGGGGAACCGCAUUUCUGGUCAGGAACUCCGAAGUUAUCAGCUUUAGGUGUUUUGCUUACGGUGUAAGGACCAAAUGUG